CAUAGGACGCAUAGAGUUCGUGAAGAUUUAACGUUACCGUUGCUGCCAGGCGAAGUUGAACUUUUGCGUAUAUCGCAUGUUAUCGAGGAUUGCGCGCGAGUUUUGUCCCUUGUCUCGUUGCAGUCGGUGGUCGAGCUUUAUUCUAGAGUGUCAGCAACGAGCGUGUUCCCUUGUUCUCUUUGUGUUUUCUCCUGGGCUGCUCUUAUCUGCAUAAGGACAUAGUCAUCGAGAAGCAAAGUUUUUUUUGGCCUUGUUUCGAAACGUCGUUUCGAGUGCAAUUCGAAUAAUAAAAAAAAAAAAAAAGUAUAAAACAAACAAAAAAAAACCAAAACAAAAAUAACAAAAUAAAAAGAAAACAACAAAAUGUCGUACGCUAUUGUACUUUUAACAAUUUCGUGUCUCUGUACCGGCUUUGCAGUAGGUAUGGAAUGUACUUAUAAAGAUUCAAAGAAUUUGUUCGAAAAAAUGAUGACUAGUUGUCCCGUAUUAUGGGAUUCUAGUAAAUCAUAUUGUUGUUAUGAUUUAGCAAAUGAAAAUUAUUACUGUUGCACUCAAGAAGAAUUUGCUAUGACAAUGGGACUUGGUAUCAUCGUACCUGUGGUUAUCGCUGCUGGUAUUAUUGUAUCAUUAAUAGUUUGCUGCAUUUCUUGUUUAUACUGCAGCUGCUGCCCAUGGUAUCGUCGACGCCAUCAAGGCACCGUUUAUGGGAUACAAACACCAAGUGUUGUUCAUGUGAUACAAACUUCAACAAAUCCUCCAUCUGAUUAUGCCAAUCAAACAGAGCAAAAUCAUUAUACACCAUAUCCAACUAAUGUUGGAGGAAUGCCACAACCACCACCAGCUUAUACAAUCGAACCUUAUGGCCGGCAGGCACCAUAUAAUCCUGGAUAUGUACAAUAAUAACAAAAACACCAGUAUAAUCUAUAUAUGAAUAUAUUUAGUAUAACUUCGAUCAAAUUGUUUGUUACCUUCAAUGUCAAUAAUUCUAAUUACAGUUUUAACAAAAAAAAAAAAAAAAAGAAAAAAAAAA